AUGGCAGAGAGAUUUGAAGCUUUCAACACUGGUAUGGGAUUGGUGCAAGCACAAAGUGAUGAUAGCAAGGAAAAUGUGGUUCGGAAAAAUAUUGUGGUCAAUCUGGGAAAUACCUUAAGCCUUCUUCCUAACACAACCUCAGCUUUUAGCUCAAUUCGCAACAUUUCCUUAACCAUUUCGCCUCACCUAGAUCCUACUUAUACCAUUCCACAAAUGCCAUCAACCUACACUUCCAAUCAAGUAGCGAUAACUCCUAAUCCUCAACUUUCCAUAACCACCACUCAAUUCGAGAAAAAUAAGAAAAACGAACUGGCAAUAUGCCCAUAUAGGAGGCCUGGAAAGGAAAUCAAGUCGCUUUGCCAUGAAGAUUUGGGAAAAGAACUCCACAAUUUGAGGAAAGCCAUUAAUGAAGAGUUAUGUUCAAGAAAUUUCCAGAGUUUGAAGUAUGAAGAUUUAUGUGUGCACCCAAAUGUUGAGCUUCCGCCAGGGUACAAAAUACCUAAGUUUAACACCUUCAAUGGGGAAGGUGAUCCCAUCGCUCAUUUAAAGGACUAUUGCAGCAGAUUAAUUUGUAUUGGACGUAAUGAAGCCGUACGAAUGAUAUUAUUCAUUCAAAGUUUAUCAGGAUCAGCACUAUCUUGGUACGCCAAACAAGAUUUUAGCAAAUGGCAUACGUGGGAAGAUAUGGCCCGCGAAUUUAUAAAGCAAUUUGAGUUCAACAAAGGAGGCGAUCCGUACAUAGCCGAUUUGCUCAGAGUAAAGAAAAUGCCGCAUGAGUCUUUCCAAGAAUAUGCCAUACGAUGGAGGUUAGAAGCUUCAAAAAUGCAUCCUCUAUUACCCGAGAGGGAAUUGAUCUCAACAUUCGUCCAAACUCAGGAAGACUUAUAUUAUGAUAAGUUGCUCGGAGCUUGUGCACGCAACUUCUCUGAUUUGAUUAGGAUUGGUAAAGAACUAGAAAGUGGCAUUCAAGAAGGAAGAAUUAUAGAUAGCUCAGCAACACAAGCCAUUCACCAAACCUUUCAAGCGAAGAUACCGAGAAAUCUGCAAAGCGAAAUGAAGGAAAACAAAUUCGCUUCCAUGAGUAUGCAUCAAGCGCAAUGCCAUCAAAGUCACCAAAUUUUGCAAUCUUAUGACACAAUGCAGCGUCCUCGCCAGCAAAAAUCACAACAUGAUUGCCAACAGUGGUUUCACCAGGCACAGUCUAGCUCUCGACAACAGAAAAAGAUGAAAUCUUUCUCCUUCACCCCUCUCGAUGAGCCAUUGUCAAAUAUACUUGAGAGAUUAAGUGCUAAGGGCAUUCUACAACCAAAAAAGGGAUUCAUACCCAAGCAUCCACCGCCAAACUUCGAUUUAUCAAAGAGUUGUGCUUACCACUCAAACAUUCAAGGGCAUGACACCGAAGAAUGUCUAGCGUUGAGAUUCAAGAUUCAGAGUAUGAUUGAAAAUGGCAAGAUAAAGCUGCAACAAGAGCCUCCAACCGGCAAUGAUAAUAUCGCAAACACAAAUGCAAUUAUUGUUAAGGGCGAUCCAUCAAAAUUGGCACCAAGGCCUUUGAAGAGAAAGUGUGCAACAACUCGGGAGGACCGACUAAAAGUCAUCUCGCAACUUGAGAAAACCAUUCUCCACUGCCCGCCUUUAUGA